GCGAGGCGGCGAAGACCGCGGAGUCGGCUCGCAGCAGGUCGUGGCGGUCGGCGGCGCCAAGGGCGCCAACAAGAAGCAGGCGCUAGAGGAGCUCGUGGUGGUCUUGGCCAAGCUGGCGCUGACGGACGAGGCGCAGUUGAGGGCGAUGCUGGGCGCGGUGUGCGACGCAUUCCUCACGCCGCUCGACGCCGCCGUGGCGGGGGGGCGGCGCCAGAAGCUGGUGGAGGCCGCGAAGAAGGGUGAGCAGCUCGAGUUGCCCAAGAUGCGCGCCCCCUUCCUUCGGACCUUCGUGGGGCUGAUCGACGGACUCCUGGGCAAGGGCGAGGCCUGCGAGGGGGGCGCGCUGAAGGCUGGCCGCCAGGUGCUGAAGACCUACUGGGACCAGAAGGUGAUGAAGGCCGCCUCGCCGAACGAGCUCCACGAGAUGGUGCGCUGCUGCCGCGUCCAGAGGCUCAAGACCAAGAGCGCCAAGCAGGGCGAGCAGGUGAAGAUCCAGUUCCUGCUGGGCACGACGACGAACGACGGGGUGGUCCUCCUCAAGGCCAUCCGCGAGGCGCUG